GACAACCAUAUAUCCAUGCCAUCUGUGUUGCUUGGGUGUCAAGAAACUCCAAUUCAGUGAGGAACAGAUCCAUUUGUUCUGCUUUAUAUAACAUGUUUGUGCAGUUGGGUAAUAUCAUCGGUAACAAUAUUUACCGUGAGGAUGAUAAACCACAAUACAAGAGGGGUAACAUGCAGUUGUUUGCCAUUACGUUGGCUCUUAUUCCUGUAUUGUUGUUGGUUAAAGCGUACUACGUUUGGAGAAACAAGAGCAGGGACAAGAUAUGGAACGCAAUGACCGAAGAGGAGAAGCACGUGUAUAGGGAAACGACAAAGGAUGAAGCUAACAAGAGGUUAGACUUUAGGUUUGAUCACUAA